AUGCCGGAUCUGUUCGCGUCGGUGACCGCCGCUUCCAAGGAGGAGUUCGCCGACGCCUCGAUCGUGAACGUGACGGGCAGCAACUCCGUGAACGUGUUCCUCGGCAUCGGGCUACCCUGGCUCAUGGGCGCCCUCUACUGGGCCUGCGCCGAGGAGGAGUGGAAUCGGGAGUUCGGCGACAGCGGCUUCCCGGUCGGAUCCUUCAUCGUGAAGGGCGGCUCGGACCUGUCUUUCGGAGUCAUGGUGUUCAUCGUGGCCGCCCUCCUCGCGGUCUUCGUGCUGCAGAAGCGCCGGGACAGAUGCGGCGGGGAGCUCGGCGGGCCUUACGGGCUGAAGGUAGCGUCCACAGCACUGCUGGCGUGCCUGUGGGUGUUCUACAUUGCCCUCUCCAUCUGGAAGGUGAACGUCGGGGACGUCAGCUUCUGGGACCAGCUCGCGGCUCUCGCGGUCGGGGUGGCGGUCCUCGAGCACGUGCUGGCGGCCGUGUUCUACGUGCUGCACCGCAGGGGGCAUCUGCGGAGGGGGCCCGCUUCCCGAGGGGUGCAGCUCGACGACGUGGAGGGCCAGUUCGACGAGGGGGGCGCUGGCGUUCCGCAGAAGUUCGGGCAG